AUGCUUUUCGACACCACCAUCUUAUCACUGAUCGCAUACUUUGUAGCCACACUUGAAAUCCUCCAACAAUACCGAGUGACCGUCAACCUAAGAAAAACGAGGUUCCUACCAGCACGGGCAGAAUUUGUGGGACGUGACCUACUGCCCAAUGGAAACACCCCGGCACAAUCCAAGUACUCGACGAUCAAAAAGCUUUGCCCACCAGCAUUAUACUCGGACAUCCAGAUGAUCAACGGACUAUUUGGAUGGUACUCCCAGUGGAUACCACAUCUAGAGGAAAAGAUCCAACGAUGGAGGAAUAUGGUGAUGGACAAACCAAAGCCCGGAGAAUGCACCAAAGAAGAGGAAGCAGAACAAGUGAAAGCACACUGGGAGCCGCAGGACGACAAAACGCUGGACGAACUCAAGCAAGUUAUUGUCACAGGACCCAUAUUGAAGAGACCCAAUCCAAAGAGACGAUUCUACUUGAAAACGGACUGGUCAAGCAACGCCAUGGGAGCGGUCCUCCUACAAGCGGACACGACAGAAGAAGCAGAGGAAUCGAAGGAGGAAAAUGCAAGUUUGACAAAUCAAUGUCAAAACUCAGACUCAGACCCAUAG